GGAGAAUUAAGCCCCAGAGGCCGGGCUGAGUCUGUAAAUCGUCCGCAUGCCGUCCGCCCCAAGGCCGUCCCGAUGCCGAGUCUUCCUUGUGGGGUGUGACAGUGAAAGCAUGACACUGAGGGUGACAGAAGAUCUGAUCACAUCCUGUUACUUCUAUUCCCAGUCCGAGGCACGGCUUAUUACCGUCCUGUGGGAGAGGUUUGAUCCUCAGAGAGUGGUGUACAGUUACCAGAUCAACCAGAGUCUCUGGCAAAACCAGGACCCCAGCUACCGAAACCGGACACAAAUGUUCGAGAAUGAGAUUGCGGAUGGGAACGUGUCUCUGAAGUUGAGGAACGUGAGUCUGUUGGAUGCAGGAAUGUACAGGGUUAACGUCAGCGCAUCCUCAGGACAAGGCUUUAAGGACAUCAGAGUCACGGUGGGAGCCAUCGGUCACUCCCCCCGAUUUCACUCCUUCGUCACCAAGAGGAAUCACUCGGUGUUGAUCUGUGACUCUGCCGGCUGGUUCCCUGCCCCCAGCGUGACCUGGCAGAACUGGUGGGGCCUCAACAUCACCAAGUACUCGCAGACCCACGAGACAGACAGCCGGGACGGACGGGUGCGGGUGAGGAGUGCCAUGGAGUUCCCCACCGGCUCCAAUGGCAGCUACACCUGCACCAUCUGGAACCCUCUGCUCUACCAGGGCACCUCCGCCAACUACACCCUGCCCACUCUAGGGAACAGUCCUGACAUCCACUCGAUGGUGACAGGUGGUGGGCGCUCGGUCCUGACCUGCCUGUCGUCCGGCUGGUACCCAACCCCCAACCUCACCUGGCACAACGAGCAAGGACAAGCCAUGACCAAGCUCUCCCAGACGGAGCUGACCGACGACACGCGUGGAAGCGUCUCGUUGAAGAGCACGCUGCGGCUGGAGGACGACUCCAACGGGAACUACACUUGCGCCAUCUGGAACCCUGCGUUAAAGCAAGGACUGAGGUCUUCCUUCACCGUCCUGAUUUCCCGCUAUAAGGAGAUCCAGUCACACUGGAUCGCAGUCGGCGCCAUCAUUUCCAUGUCCAUCGUCGUGGUUGCUGCAGUGAUCAAAGCAAAGAGCGUCAUCAUGCUGAUCAAGAAAGAGAGGAAAGGCCACGCUGCAUUCUCCCCAGCAGAGUGAGGGGACUGGCAGACACGGGAGGUGCGAGGACAGAGCAGCAGGUCCUGAGCAAGAGAGGCAUCUUGUCCAUUCUCAGCCCUGCCCAUCUUCAGAAUUAGAAACCAACGCCCGAGGCACGUUUGCACGGUUGGUCUAUAACAGAAUAAAUAUUUAUACUGAGC